GCAUCUGUGUUGUUUUACUGGACACUUGUUCUUGGCGGUAGCCAUAUUGAUUUGCUCCUCCUUUUGUGUGUUCUAUCCAGUCAGGAUAGAAUAACGUUCAUUUGUUGUGACUGGUAAUUUUCCCUCAUCUUUUAUCAACUCCUUUAUUUAUUGUAAUUUAGAUUUAUUGAUUGAACAAUUAUUGGUUGAAUAGCCGGGUGGUAAUAUUUGUUUAGAACCGCUAUUUACCCGAUUACUUGUUUUGAUUUCGACGGGAAAGGGCGCGUGUCUAACGUACCUGGACGGUUAUUCUUCAACAUCCAAACCAUGGUUUGGAUUCUACAGUUCUGAACAAUUAUUACUUGGCCGAAAUCCUUUGGCAAUCGUUCGCGGAUUUUGGUUAUCGUUUCUGGAAAUAACUGGUCGUUUCGCUCAUAAUGCCAACUAAUCGUCGAAGGAAAUCAAGCUCAAAGUUCGUUAAUGUUAAUGAAGAAUUCCCCAUUACCAAGCAAGUGCCUUUUGAUGUCCUUAAGUGUCAUGGUUCAGACUCGAAUAGGUUUGGUUAUCAUGGUAGUGACUCUAGUCCUUAUUCGAUGACAGAUGACGUAAAAAUCUUAGUUUAAAGGAGAAGCAAAGGCUUGAAUUACCAGGAAAGAGCAUGUUGCCUAUAGCGCCUGUUGUUGGUCCAGAACUACCAAAGGUUGAAUUGAGUUAUUUCGAUGGACAGCCAAGAGGAUACUGGAAGUUUAUAAGGCAAUUUGAGACGUAUGUAGCAUCAAGAGUCACCGAUGAUAGCCAACGUUUGCUCUAUUUAAUGCACUAUUGUAAGGGCAAGGCGAAGACAGCUAUUGAGGGUUGUGUCAUGAUGGAAGCAUCCUCUGGUUAUAAGAGAGCAAGGGAAAUUCUAAAGCGUUUGUUCGGACAGUCUCAUGUAAUCGCUCGAGAAACAUUAGAAGACCUAUUCAAUGCUGUUAAUUUUGAUUGUACUGACGGGGAGCAACUAUCAAACUUGGCCAUUAAAAUGGAAAACUGUGCUAUGGUCUUAGAACAGAUGAAUUAUACCUCUGAUCUAAAUUCUUUAGUUACUUUGGAAAGAAUAGUAAGACUAUUACCUCAAGUUAUGCAAGCCCAGUGGGCGAACCGGGUGGAUGAAUUGACGGAAGAUAAUAGGGAACCGACUUUUGACGAGCUUACCCAAUUUAUAGCAUCCCGCGCGAGAGUCGCUAAUAGUAGGUUUGGACGGUUAGCGAAUCGUCCGAGAAAGGGACACAACUUAAAGACAAAUUGUCACUUGCAAUUGGAGCAGGAGAGUAACUCGAGAGCUAAAUGCAGGGUGUGUUCCCAGGACCAUGCUAUUUAUAAAUGUCCAAAAUUUUUAGCGCUUACCGUUCAAGAGAGAUGGUCUCAAGCAAAAGUUAAUGGCAUCUGUUUUGUCUGCCUUAGGCAAGAGCAUAAAGCUAAUGAAUGUAAGCUGGCAAAACGUUGUAACGUUAAUGGUUGUGAGAAGAAACAGCAUUCUUUGCUGCACAGCGAAAAUGAUAAACCUGAUAUCCCGAAUUGUUGUGGAUUUACUAAAUCCCUAAGUAGCCAAGUGUGCUUAGGAAUGAUUCCUGUACGGUUGAUGUUGGGAAAUGCCGAAAUGGUGGGUUAUGCUUUGUUGGAUAACGGGUCUGAUGUAACGUUGAUAAAAUCGAGCUGUUUGAGGUAUCUCGGGCUGAAGGAAGACGAGCGUCAGUGGUAGUAGAGACUGUGGGUGGUAAUAGGACAAUGACAGUCACAAAGACCCCUUUUGAGGUAUAUUCUCUAGAUCGGUCCGAACAUGUUACGAUUGAAGGAGCUCUGAUUGUGGCAGGUAUGCCAGGUCAUAAGCCAACAAGGUCGGCAGUGAACAACCUGGUUAAGUGGCCACAUUUAAGGGAUGUACCAAUAGAUAACCUAGACUCUGAAGAAGUUCUACUGUUGAUUGGUUGCAACGUACCAGAAGCACACUGGGUGUUAGACCAGCGGUUGGGUAGAAGAAAAAGCCCGUACGCUGUGAAGACGUUGCUGGGGUGGGCGGUCUUCGGACCUGCGUCAUAUCCCGAAUAUAGGAAAAGAGUUGUCAGCCAUACCAGUAAGAUAAAGACUUUGGAGAACGAAAUACGUAAACUUUAUGAUGUAGAGUUUUCUGAUGUUUAUUCAAAUGAUAAGUCAGUAUCAAUAGAACAUAAGGCCGCUAUAAGGAAUGUGGAAGAGGGCACACGCUUCGAAAAUGGUCAUUUUGCAGUUCCUGUACUAUGGAAAGUGAACUCAAAUAUGAAAGGGAGGAAUUAUGAAGUGGCAAACAAUAGACUACAGAGCUUGAAGCGUAGAUUGUUGAAAGAUGACACUCUGUAUAUCAAGUAUACAAAGGGUAUUGAAAGUAAUUUUAUUAAGGGCUAUGCGGAGAAGAUCCCUGAAAUACAAUUGCAACCUAGUUAUCGCCACCGGUGGUACUUACCUCACCAUGCAGUUUUAAAUCCGAAAAAGACAGCGAACUUUGCCUUGAAUAAGACGGCCCAAAUAUUCUUUGACAGUUAUGAUGGUUAGGUUGUAGAUAAUGUCAAGAAUAAUUUCUAUGUUGAUGAUUGCUUGAUAUCCAUUCCCACUUGUGAUCAAGCAAAGAGUUUCGUUAAGCAUAUAAGUGAAUUAUUAUGUAGAGGAAGUGUACAGAAAAUGGCUGAUCUUGAAUAUUGGUUCAAAUGUCCUACUUUAUUGCAUGGCGAAUUUUAUAUAACAAUCACUGACUGUCCGGAACAUACUCCUGACGCUAUUGAGUUUAGAAAAACUGCUGUGGUUAACUUGAGUAGUAUAAAGUACAACAUGUUACCUAUUCUCUCUUAUUAUUCCGAGUGGUUGAAAUUAGUCAGAGCUGUAACCUGGUUUAGAAGGUUCAUCGAAUUCCUUAUGGUACUUCAUUCACCAAGUUGUAAAGGAUCCGUUCAUCUAGGAUGUUUAAAGGUUAAGGAGCUUGACAUCGCCAAGGGUAAGAAUUUAUUGGUGGUUCAAAGGGAAGUGUAUGGAAAAUUAUUUGGUGGAUUUAGAAACAGCAGUUAAGUAGUAAGUCGUGAUGAUGUGAAAGGUUUAUCACCGAUAAUGCUUGAUGGGUUACUCUGUGUUACAGGUCGGCUAAGCUACUCAGAAUCCUUGAAUGCCUUUAAACAUCCAGUAAUUUUACCCAGUCGACACUUAGUGAAGAAAAUAAUAAUUAGACAUUGUCAUAAAGAACCAGGACACAUAGGAAGGUCAUUAGAAAAAGGAUAUAGAUAUGUGUUUACUUGUUUGCAAACAUGGGCAGUACAUAUUGAAAUGAAGUGUAGUUUGACUGCUGAUUCAUUUAUAAUGGCCUUAUUACGUUUAAUUGGAAAAAGAAGGAAACCUCCGGAGAUUAACAGUGACAGUGCGUCAAGCUUCGUGGGGACAGUUUCUGAGUUAAGGAAGUUUGUGCAGCAGUCGAAUCAGCAGAAGAUAAAUAUUGAAUUGUCAGCAAGGCCCUCAUCCAACAGCAUGGGUGAAGUUUGGGGAAGAGUGAUUAGGUCUAUACCACGACUGUUAUUGUUGAUCACCAGAGAACAGGUAAAGCAGGUCUCCUUGAAGCUUCGGG